AAAGAGGGGUCCUGUAAACACACGUGUGCGUGCGUGCUCAGAUGGAAUAAUGGCAGACCUGCAGAUGAAGCUUCUUCGGAAGAAAAUUCAGAAAAGAAACGAUAAAAAUAAAGAGCGCAAAUUGCUUAUAAAACAGAAACAAAAUGAAGAGAAUGAAGAUGCAAACGGACUGCCAGAGGACGGCUGCGGAGAGAGUCACGACGCGACGUCAUCUUUGAAGCCGGUUAAAGCCAAACCCACGAAGAAGCAGACGAAACAGAAAAACGUGACAGAGACGGAGAAAACAGCAGAUGACAAGCCUACGAAAAAGAAAAGGAAGCUUACCAAUGCUGCUGAAUGUCCAGGAGUGAAAAAGGUGAAGAAGAAUGAUGUUGAUGUGGAGGAAGAGGAGGAGGAAGGGAUGAAGAUGACAGAGGACAACAAACAGACCACAAACAAACCAGCAAGUGCAGAGGAUGGAGAGGAGGAGGAGGAAGAUGAUGAUGAGAUGGAUGAGGAAGAAAGUGAUGGGGAGAAAGAGGGGGGUGAAGAUGAGGAGGAGGAAGAUGGCCCUGAACUUCCCACUGGAUUGACAGGAGCCUUCGAGGACACAUCGUUCGCCUCUCUCGAGGCGCUGGUGAGCGACAGCACACUGAAGGCUGUCAAGGAGAUGGGCUUUGAGCACAUGACUGAGAUCCAACACAAAAGUAUUCGUCCUCUGUUAGAGGGAAGGGAUGUUCUUGCAGCAGCUAAAACAGGCAGCGGUAAAACUCUGGCCUUCCUCAUCCCCUCCAUCGAACUCAUCAACAAACUCAAGUUCAUGCCCAGAAAUGGCACCGGCGUGGUGAUCCUGUCUCCCACGCGUGAGCUGGCCAUGCAGACGUACGGCGUGAUGAAGGAGCUGAUGGCACACCACGUCCACACCUUCGGCCUCAUCAUGGGCGGCAGCAACCGCUCUGCAGAGGCCCAGCGGCUGGCCAACGGCGUCAACAUCGUGGUGGCCACGCCCGGACGCCUGCUAGACCACCUGCAGAACACCCCUGGCUUCAUGUUCAAGAACCUGCAGUGUCUGAUCAUCGACGAGGCGGACCGGAUCCUGGAGGUGGGCUUUGAGGAGGAACUGAAGCAGAUCAUCAAGCUGCUGCCCAAGCGGAGACAGACCAUGCUGUUCUCAGCCACCCAGACACGCAAGGUGGAGGACCUGGCCCGAAUCUCCCUGAAGAAGGAGCCUCUGUAUGUGGGCGUGGACGACAACAAGGACAACGCGACGGUGGACGGUCUGGAGCAGGGCUACGUGGUCUGUCCCUCUGAGAAGCGCUUCCUGCUGCUCUUCACGUUCCUGAAGAAGAACCGGAAGAAGAAGCUCAUGGUGUUCUUCUCCUCCUGCAUGUCUGUCAAGUUCCACUACGAGCUGCUCAACUACAUCGACCUGCCCGUCAUGGCCAUCCACGGCAAGCAGAAACAGACCAAGAGAACCACUACCUUCUUCCAGUUCUGCAACGCCGACUCGGGGAUCCUGCUGUGUACCGACGUGGCGGCCAGGGGCCUGGACAUCCCAGAGGUGGACUGGAUCGUCCAGUACGACCCCCCAGAUGACCCCAAGGAGUACAUCCACAGGGUGGGCAGGACGGCUCGAGGGAUUGACGGCCGAGGCCACGCCCUCCUCAUCCUCAGACCCCAGGAGCUGGGCUUCCUACGCUAUCUCAAACAGGCCAAGGUCCCUCUGAGCGAGUUUGAGUUCUCCUGGACCAAGAUCUCUGAUAUCCAGUCUCAGAUGGAGAAGCUGAUAGAGAAGAACUACUACCUUCACAAGUCAGCCCAGGAGGCCUACAAGUCGUACGUGAGGGCGUACGACUCUCACUCUCUCAAGCAGAUCUACAGCGUCAACACCCUCAAUCUCCCCAUGGUGGCGGUGUCGUUCGGAUUCAAAGUGCCGCCCUACGUCGACCUCAACGUCCAUUGCAGCACCAGAGGAGUGAAGAUGCAGAAGAGAGGAGGAGGCGGUGGCUUCGGGUACCAGAAGGGCUCCAAGAACGUCCACAAAUCCAAGAUCUUCAAGCACGUCAACAAGGGCAAGAGGGACGGGAGGCAGUUCUCCCGCUGAGCCCAGGAGCAGAAGCCCAGGACACAACCUCCUCCUGGGCUGGCGAGGAGAGCGUAGCCUGCUAGCCUCAGUAGAGCUUCAUGAUAUUUCCCUCCCACUGUGUUCAGACCACUUCUCAAUGUAAGAGGCUUCAUUUGUCUCCUGUGACUUGAUCAAACAGGUCUCUUGUGAUGGCUGUUCCUGACCUUAGUCCUCGCAUUCCGGUGUUCUUUACAGCAGAUGUGUAUUUUAUGGAUAAAAACUUUGAUAUAUGGAAGUUAUGUUGAUUUCUCUGCUUAUACUCUUCUGGUUAAUAAAACAAUUAAACACCUUAAGUGUUGGUAUGCCUACAGAAUGUCAGACUGUCAGAUGGUUAGUUAUUGUAAAGGGGGAAGGAAAGAUGACCCUGUUGCAUCAACAACAUCUUAGGACUGCUUGUGUUUUGUGAUAUUGUCAUUGUUUAAAACAGAGAAAACACAUGGUUCUUACAAGAACUGCAAGUGUGUUCUUUCAAGCAAGCGACAACUUUACCGCAUACAAAAACAAAGUGAAGCAUUUUCUUUUAACUGUUGGGCUGUCGCAGACCCCCCACAUUUGUUUUUGUAUUGGGUAAAAUUGGGUAAACACAACGAUGGUUCAUUAUGAACCUUUGGGUCAUGUGACCCAAAGGCAGCACAAGGGUUAAUCCACAGUGAAAUGUAUUAAAAUGCUACCAUGUACAACAGCCUGGCUGGAAGAGAGAGGAGGGAGUGCAUUUGUAAAAAGCAAAAUGUUAAAAGGGACGGAAAAAACAAUUACUGCAAUACUGGUGGUAGUAGCACUGUUUGUUGGAUUUGUGGCACGAGCUGAUAUUUCACAGUUAACGAUGUCAUAGUUAAAUUAACUUGUUAAUCAAUCCAUUAAAAAGUGUUUAAUAUUUAUAUA